UGGGAGGAAGAAAAUUCUCUCUAUAUAUCAAAGUGUGAAGAUGCUGGUUCCUGUGGAGUAUAAGGAAGUUCGCAAAUGGGUUAGGGUGUCAAAGAAAGAAGAUGUCUACGAUUACUCAGAGUUCAUUACAGAAAGUCAGUCAUAAGACAGUCUUUUGAGUUGAUGCCAAGUGUCACAAUUGCGCGUAUUUUCUUAUUGUGUUUUUAGUUUUAUUUUCUCAUUAUUUGUGUAUAACUUGUAUAACUGUGUUUUUCAGUUUUAACCAAAUUUGGGUUACCAAAGGAAACCCAUGUGGAUUUGAAGGAUUCGUCUGGCAUUGAUGUUGAUUCAGACAUCUUUGAUGAACUUGUGAAGUCAUCUCAAGUGUCUUUUGUGGUCUCCACUGAAGAGAGCUCUGUUUUGUGCAUGUCCUCAGAUGAGAGACAAUCCUCUUCUGAAUCCUCAUUCUGCUCAGAAGAAUCAGCUUCAUCAGGUUCAACUCUAAUUCUGGAAUCCACAAAGGCACGGCGACGGCAGUUGAUCGAUGGACCAGUUGAUCUCACUACAGCAAGAGAUAUAGUCAAAGUAGCGCUUCACUCAAAGCCAGGUGGUGACCAGAUAUUUCAGGAGUAUCACAAAACAAGUGGCCUUUCUGAUGGCACUAGAAGAAAGAUGGUGAACAUACUUGUAGCAGAUAUGGUGGAAGGCCAUGGGAGGAUCCCACCUGUAAAUGUCCGCAUUUCAUAUGCCCUUGGGAUAAUAACACUUUUCCCUCACUUAAAGGAUUUGGAUUCAGUAAAUGGCUAUGAGCACUACUAUGAUCCUCAAAGUGGGUCCGGUUACCUGGCCUGGAGACUGAAAACAGUUCAGCGCAGCUCAGCAAGCGAGGGGAAGAGCGGAAGUACAUCCAGUUACAAAGGUGGCCCGAAGACCCAUCGUGAGAUGCCUGUUUGUGGAGAGCAGUUAUCUGGUGAUGAAUGCAAAGAGGCAAUGUCCCUGAUGAACCACUCACCUGACAAAACAGUGGUUAAGGACAAAAUGAAAGCAACAUUCAAGCACAGACAGAAACUUGUUCAUGAUCCAGAGAAGACUUCAGUCAUCCUAGACCUCUUCCCUCGAUUUCUAGAUACAACUGGCUUGGUUGCCCAGGAUUUCACUCUGCUGUUUGGAGAGGAAGUCUCAGGAAGAUUCCUUGCGAAGUGGCCAACAAUAUUCAAGCCAAAGAUAAUUGCAGACUGCAAAACCAUACCCUCUAAUUCACAUGUGGAUGAUCUUCUUGCAUUAGCAUUCCAAGAAUCUGAUCAUGGAUGGCACAGUGACCUGGCAUGUAUCCUGUUGCUACUUCAUCUCCUACCCCCAACAUCAAAGGGCAAAAAAAUGGGAAAGAUCAGUGCAUCUGAGGCUGAGGACCGCUUGGUGAAGUUCAUGAGAGUAGGAAUGAGCAUGGUGGCCUUUCUUGAGAAAAGUGGAUCAGCACAGCCCUAUCUUCUGUGUGUUGGGGAAAAGAAGAACAGCAUCCACAACUACUACAUCAUUCUGGACCAGAGAGCAGUUCCUUGUGAGGCCAAGACCGCUGUUGCAGCUUUUGACGAGCUCUUCAAGGCACACUUUGUGUUUGCUGUGUCCUAUGAUGAAGCCUUGAACAACUUCUUCACAUUCAUCCAAACCACAGUGUAUGGCAUUGAUGUGGGUAAGGCUAAGGAGAGUCCAAGGGUCAAAGAAAUUCGAGUGAGGCUUCUUCGACGUGACCUGUGAAGCCAUUUAUUUUGCUGAACAAUGUGGACCUGUUUCGUCUGCAAAGUACACCAAAAAAACUGUUCAUUGUUAUUUCGCCAUUUGAAGUUUGAGCAUGGUUUAUGUCCAGGACGUUCGUUGCGUUUAAAAUGUGGAGAACCUGGGUGCUCAUCUGGUUUUUGCACUUAUUAUGGUUUUAAAAAGCACUUGUUACGAGUACAUACAGUGCCUGUUUCUGAUACAGUUGACCAUUUAGAGGUUCAUGACAAUAUUGUAGCUUGUGGUUCGCAAUCAGUAAAUGAGGUGCGUCCUGUCACAGUACAGCCUGCUAUUGAAAAGAAGCAUUUGUUGGAUAUGUGUAGCUCUGUUGUUGCUCAGGUGCAAGCAUCUGGAAUUCCUGAAGGCACGGUACAAUGUUUGGUUGGUUCAAUGGAGGAGCUUGUAAAUGACAUCCAUGCACAAGCAAAGGAAGCUGUGAUAAAAUGCCUUUCUGUUGAUUUACCUAAACAAGCGCUGGAUAAAGUUGAGGAUUGUUUUGAUCAGCUUGAAAAUCCAUUCUCAUUCAUGAACACUGAAACUAAGAGACAGAGGUACUUUGAGCAAAAGUGGAAUAUAGUUGAACCUGUAGAGCCUAUUCUUGGUGUCCGUUUUGAUGUACGUAAAAACAAAACUGGUACUUACAGCCAGGUUCCAGUCAAUGAUACAUUCACAUAUGUACCUAUAUUAGGAACUCUGAAGUCAAUGUUUAGUAACAAGGAGCUGUGUCAAAGUUUUCAGCAAGUAAAACUGCAAGAAGAGGGUAUCUAUAAAGACAUCAAUGAUGGGUCAUACUUUAAAAAACAUUGUUUGUUUUCAAAGCAAGAACAUGCUUUUCAGAUCCAGCUGUAUUACGAUGACUUUGAAACGGCUAAUCCAUUAGGCUCGAAGAAGGGCAUACACAAACUUGGCUGCAUAUAUUUCAUUUUAAGAAAUUUGCCACCUAAGCUUAAUUCUGUGCUGAUGAAUAUUCACCUUGUUACCCUCUUUCACUCAGAAGACUUGAAGAAAUAUGGGUUUGAUCCAAUUCUAAAGCCACUUGUUGAUGAUUUGAGAAUUUUGGAGACUGAAGGAGUCCAGGUGCCUUUUUCAACUGCACCACUGAAAGGAUCUGUUAUUCAGGUUACUGGUGACAAUUUGGCAUUACAUGGAAUAUUUGGUUUUGUUGAGUCUUUCAGUGCAGCUUAUUCCUGCCGGUUUUGUUUAACUGAUAAGACAGAAUUGCAGUCAGUCUUCUGCGAAGAUCAUACAGGGUUGGUUUUUCGCACAAAAGAACUUCAUUCAGAACAUUGUAAUACCCUUCUACAAAAUCCAUCUGUAGCAUCAACCUUUGGUGUCAAAAGAACUUGUUUGCUCAAUUCAUUGCAGUUUUUUCAUGUAUCUGAUAACUAUGCUGUAGAUAUAAUGCAUGAUUUACUAGAAGGAGUUGCACAGUAUGAGUUGAAGCUUCUGUUUCAGUACUUGGUAAAAAAAUUCAUAACUCUGAACAAUUUGUCUGAAAGGAUUCAAAGUUUCAAUUAUGGAUACAUAGAGAGAAAAAACAGACCAAGCAUGUUGAAAAUGGAUGAUGGUCGCAAAGAUCUUGGACUUAAUGCUAUUCAGACUUGGUGUCUUUUGCGUAACACUCCCUUAAUAUUUGGAGAUGUAAUUGACAGAAACGAUUGCUACUGGAUUUUGAUUCUCUAUUUGAUACAGAUUGUGAAUCUUGUAUUUUCACCAGUUGUAAGUGAUGGUAUGACUUGCUACUUGAAGCAUUUAAUAGCUGACCAUCAUAAAUUGUUUAAGUCUCUGUAUCCAGAACAAAACCUGAUUCCAAAGCAUCAUCUAAUGAUUCACUAUCCAAGAUGUAUUAGGAGAAUUGGACCACUCAUUCAUAUGUGGUGCAUGAGAUUUGAAGGGAAACACAACUUUUUCAAAAAAUCUGUUAAAAACUUCAAAAACAUCACAAAAUCACUUGUUAAGAAACAUCAGAGUCAGCUGGCAUUUCACUGGGAAAAUUUUAGUUUUAGAAGAUUUCAGUUUGGUCCAAUUAAAAGUGUUGUGCUUGACUAUUUAGAGGGCAGUGAAAUUUUAAGUGAUGUAUUAAAUGUGUCUGGUUACAUCUCUACUACUUGCUGGGUGAAAAAUUAUGGAACAGAGUAUCAGAUUGGCAUGUUUGUUUGCAGUGAUGUCAAAAAUGAAAUGCCUGUUUUCAGAAAGAUUAUCAAUAUAAUUGUUAAAGAUGAGCAAGCGUUCCUUCUAACAACAAAUGUCAUUACAGUGCGUUUUGAUGACCACAUGAAUGCCUUCUGUAUUGAAGAGACAACAGAUUUGUUUACAGUGAUUUGUAUUGAUGAUUUGAAGUACUACAGACCUUAUGAUGGCCAAUUUUCUUACAGCAUGGAUGACCAUAUGUAUAUUGUACCUUACUGCAACUUUAUGUGAAACGCCAUCAGUUCAGCACAUCAGUGCAGUUCAUGUUUGAAGAUGAUGAAAUAAGUUAACAUUUUAAAUAAAAGGUUCUUAAUAUA